UUUACCCUACAAAAAAAUUGGAAUCUGUUUCUCACACUUGCUCGCUGCCGUCUCUCUCACCAAAACCAAACAACGAUCGAUCACUGAAUACACCACGGUUCAAUCAAGUCACCAAAGAAUAGUGGUGCGGAAAAUGAAAAGACAAAAGAAAAGCGAAAUAGACAGACUCAGUGACUUACCGGAUCAUCUCCUUUUGCAUAUAAUGCAAUUUAUGAUUGCAAAACAUUGUGUCCAGACUUGUGUUUUGUCUAAAAGAUGGAAAAACCUUUGGAAAUGUCUCACUAAUAUCAAGUUAUUUGAUCCAUACAAGGGUGUUAUCUACGAUGAGUUUGUAUCCCAGUUUCUAUCUUGUCGUGACAACUCUGUUCCCCUUCAUAGCAUAUCAUAUAAGAAUGAUGAAAUUCUCCCUAAAACUACUAAUAUUCUUGUAGAGAUCAUGGAAUAUGCUGCGUCGCAUAACGUGCAACAACUAGAAAUUCAAACAGACCACAUAAGAAAUCUUGAGUUGCCCCCUUCCAUUUUUAAUUGCGAUUCUUUGACAUCUCUUACUCUUUUCUUGCGGGGUGUAUCUAAAUCCACUACCAAAAUGUUUCCAAAAUCUUUGAACUUGCCGGCAUUGAAAACUUUAACACUUGUGCAUUUCACUUUCUUUACUAGUGACAAUGGCUAUGCUGAGCCGUUUUCAACAUGUAAUAUGUUGAACGAGUUGGUCAUUUUUGAUUGUAAAUUACAAGAUGAUGCUCAAGGCGUCCUUUGCAUAUCGAAUUCUAAACUUUCUAUUUUGGCCAUAGGUACUAUGAAUCGUCGUCAUUCCAACAUUCACAAAGUUAUACUUUGUACUCCAAAACUUAAAUCUCUCACUAUGAUGGGGAUUCCUCCUAUUUUCCCAGCCCCUUCUACAUGCAGUUUAACAAAUUUGUUGGAAGAACUAAAUUUUGAUUGUAGUUAUGGGUCUAUGGGAGAAGAUAUCUUGAUUAGUUGGUUGCAUUUGAUUGCUAAAGUCAAGAUAAUGACUCUCAGUUACAAAUUCCUUAAAUUAAUGGUUAAUAUUCUGAAAAAUAAUAGUUCAAUGAGAGCUCAACUUCCUAGUUUUGUUAAAUUGAAGUCAUUGAAAGUGGAUGCUAAUUACCCAUGGAAAUGUAAUAAGAGAAUAAGAGAAAUGGUAUCAUAUCUACUUCAAAAUUCUCCACCACCUGCCACCUUUGAUAUCAUAAGCCUCCUGAACGGAAUAUAUAAAGUGUACAAACAAACAACUGAGGCACACUAGUAUACGUGAAAGAGAAGAAGAGAUUUGUUACUGGUGAUAAUAUAAAGGUGUAUUUAACAAACAUUAUAUGUUGAAAUUUGAGGAUGUUGUUUUUAUAAGAAAGAUACAAUUUAACGCUUCUAAAUAUUCUGUUGUACAUUUUAGUCUCAUCAAUUGAAAUUAAUUAGUGCUUCAGUUUUUUAUAAGAGAUGUCACAUCUAUUGUAA